AUGUACGAUGUUGGAGAAGAAUGUGAGAAUGACAUUGACGAAAUUGAAGACACUAUACCCUUGCUAGUCUUUGAUUUUAGCCAGCCUCUUCCUGUUCUCAGCAACGAUGAGAAAAAGAAUCUCGCGUUCAUGCAGUUGAUCCAAGAGUUCGGAAUUUCUUGUCAAGCCCACAAAAAGAUUGUAGAACACUUCAACCAGAUUUUUAAUUGUUCUAUCAAUAUUACAUACCAAGCAUGCAGCCCACACCUUGGAAACAAGCUUCUUGAGCGCUUCUUGGGUAUCAAAGCAGACGGAUAUGACAUUUGCAUCAGAGGUUGUAUGCAGUUCAACAACGAGAAUGAUAUCGCAUGCGUAAAAUGCGGUGAAGCAAGAUACAAAAAUGGCCAAACUAGUGAAAGUGACACCAGGGUUCCUUACUUCCGCAUGUUGCCUGGAACCCAGACGCGCUCACUGGAGAGUUUCAGGAACUACAAUCUGGCAAGCAGUGAAGACAGAAAGGGGCUCAAUGGUCAGUCACCAUUAGCCUCAAUGGAAACAUUCUCUGGCCCGUUUUUUUUCGCGUUAGACGAGAUGCAUGGUCUGUGCCACAGAAUCGGUAAACAGGUAUGGGGACUUGUACGCGGAAAGUAUGGAAUCAAGCAUCCUCUAUGUCUUUCUCUUGCCACUCAAAGGGAGAUUGGUGCUGCAAUGGUAGCCGCAAAAUCCACAAUCCCUACAUUGUUGCAUGGUGCCUGGAGAGACGUGACAAAGAAUGCCGGUUUCUUUAGAGCUGUGGAUUGGGCAGACUUUUUACUCUUUGUUGUCCCCACGUUGGUUGCAGAGCGUGUCCAGGACUUGGUUGCCCGAAAUGCAUUACUUGGCCUGGUUCAAACAUGCAAUUUACUCAUGAGCUGGGAGUUAUCAGCAGAGGAUCAAACCUCGAUAAGAAGUAAUCUUGUAGAAUGGAACUUAUUCCUAGAGAGUCUUCUUUCUACAGCAGAUAUUGACAUUGGCGUGUUCACAAUUAACCAGCACAUUAUUCAGCAUUAUCCUCAGAUGAUUGAUCUAUACGGCCCGCCAAGAGCAUAUAGCAUACGAUCCCUGGAAAGAGCCGUUGUCAGUGUCAAUGCUGGAAACAUCAUGAUCAGACUGGCGCAAUCCCGGCGUGUAGCAGAACUGACAACCGUUGCAAACACAAAAACUCCACCAGCUAACCUUCUAGUUUACAGUGCAUAUACCAAUGGGUGGCCUGUUACAGAAGGAGGUGAUCCUGCCAAUGCUGAGUGUGAGAUUGAGUUCUGGGGGCCUUUGAAGAAUUUAACAAUUUUCGAUAGCUUUGAAGAUAGAUCUCAUCUUUCAUUGCUUCUUAAAACGUUUUAUGAUUUGAAGGCGGAAGAAUUUAGUAUGCUUGAGCCUUCCAUAAAGACAAGCCGCAAGGCCUAUCUUAAUGGUUGUGUUAUUGAUGCUGCAUUCAACCAAAGUUCUACAAGAGAGGCAUGUCAUGUUCAUGUGCAGCUACAAGUGGACAUGAACUCCAGAAGAUCCCGCUCUUACCGUCCAGGAUAUAAGCAUUUCUUCGGAAAGGUGGUUAUAUUCUUCCAACAUGUAUACAACUCGAAGAGAUGGCCACUAGCUCUCAUAACCAUAUAUAGUGUGCAUUUGAAAAAUGGAUUGCCUAUUACAUCUGUAGUAAAGCCGAAGACUAUAGUGAUUCAUGCCAGUGACAUUGUAGAGUUGGUUGGCUUGGUGCCAUCAAAUGUCAAUGGUAGCCACUACAUCAUUUGGCCUAGCCUUAAACGUGGCCCAAAAUUGACACUUGGUGCCUUAAGUGAUAUAUAA